AUGAACGAAGACGUGAUGAAUCCCUGGGAUGGAAGCAACCAUGAUGACAUAACGGAAAUGCUUAAUCAAAUGGCGGUCCAGGUGCAACAAGAACAGAAUUGCACAUUUCUACAAGCAUGCCAGUGGGCGACAGAAUGGUACGAGAAACACAUGAAUAAAACGCCGUGUCGCACUUUUAUACUAAUCGGGAAUGCAUGGAUAUGCGAACUAUAUGCGGGGCAUAUGGGUCGAUUUGAGGAAAAUGUUUGCAUGCCGAAGGAAGUUUUUGCCGCAUUGUGUGAGACAUUAGUAAAUGAUUUUGGGUUACAAGUCCCGCAACGUCCACAUGGCUUAGCUGUUGAAGAAAGCGUUGCGAUGUUUAUGCAUGUGUUGAAAGGGAAGCAAAAUCAGGAAAUCCAAGAACGGUUCCAACAUUCCGGGGGGACUGUGUCGAGGCACGUGCAUAACGUAUUAACUUCCAUGAAAGAGUUCACUGUUGUUCAUUGCCGGCCCACAUACAGUCAACAUCGUAUACAUCCAUACGUGCGGUCUAGACGGAAAUACCUACCGUUCAAGGACUGCAUUGUCGCAAUAGACGGAACACAUGUCAGUGCAUGGGUUACGGGGCCAGAUGCGGCAACAUAUUUCGGUAGGAAAUACUGUUACACGCAAAAUAUAAUGGCCGCUGUCGAUUUUGACAAGUGUUUCAUAUUUAUUUCUUGCGGAUGGGAAGGAAGUAUGCAUGAUAGUCGCAUAUUCAACAAGAUACUAACAAAUGACAAUGUCCCCUUCCCACAUCCUAACGAAGGCAAAUAUUAUCUUGUCGAUUCUGGCUAUGCAAACCGGAUUGGUUACUUAGCGCCAUUCAAAGGCCACCGUUACCACCAACAAGAAUUCCGACGUAACCCAACAACUGUUCAGCUAAUCUGUGACGAGGAAGAGGCUAUGACAAUAGUAAAUGCCAUACCAGAAGUUGAACAUGACGAGGAUGGUUUAAUGGUUGGAGAUGAGGACCCCCAUAUGGCAUUGGUCCGCCUUCACAUACGCGACAAAUUAUGUUACAUGCGUAAUAACGGAAUGUUAGGAAAUAUAUAG